AUUUCCCGCUGCUUAGGAAUUUUUUAGAUGAAUUUGAUGAAUUUCUGAUUUUGGACUUCUGCGCAGCUACUUAUAAAUACCACGAGAAAUUCAAGCCAGUUAGUUAAAGCUCAGAAUUCACUCAGGGAACACAUAAUGCAUUUUUUUGGACUGCUCGUGACGUUCGUUUGCUGUGUUUUGUGCGUUGCUGCCGAUCCCCAACAGAUAUACGGCGAGAAUAAUGGGCUUCUUGCUUUAGGAACACCUGGCAACCUAUUAUACAUUCGUGGGCAAAACGAUGGUGUCUACAAGGUUCCAGGAGUAGGUGGUCAGUUCCAGCACGCAUCGUCGCCAGCGGAAUCCAUCUACACGGAUAAGCAUGGGAACAGCUAUAGGAACAUAAAGCAGGCUGGCGGUCCAAGAAUACAUGCUGUCAGCGGACCAGCUCAAGCUGUUGAACAGCCCACUUCCCCCACUGUCCGGGAUUUCCCUUAUGGGACUGCGGCACAUCAUCAAUUUUAUGUGACGCAACCUGGUCGCACUGAGGAUGUGGGUUCCCGUCUAGGUCUUGUCCAAAGGAACACGUAUAAUUUGGAGUAUCAUGAGGAGCGAUCUGGUCGACCGGUAGGCUACGGCAAUGGAGUUCAGGAUGUGGGUGCCGGAAGAUUUUCUGUCCAAAGGAGCAUGCGUAGUCCCCUGUUUCGUAAGAAGCGAUGUGCUCGCGUACAGGGCCAAAACUUUGUCACUAAUUGCGAUCAAGCAGGUGUUUGGAAUAAUGAUACGUCGGUGUGGAAGCGUACGGACGGACGAACUGUCUCGAUUCUUAAAGACGGGAGUGUUAUUGUUAAUGGAAAUGGGCGCACUCUGCGAGUGCCAAAUUAAAUAAAAAAAAUUUAUUUUCAAAUUAACAAGUUUAACAAAAACAGUUAGAUAUAUUAUUUUUUAGGAAUGGAAAUUGCAUGUAAAGAUACUGAAAAUAAGAGAUUGCGGUAUUACCAAC